GACACGCACAGGAGGCGGGGCACGUCUAGUUUCCGAGCGCCAAGUUGCCCGCGCCUAGGCGCCGAGUGGCCGGCCUUCCGGUUUUCUAAUAUGUUGCGCGUGGUGAGCUGGAAUAUCAAUGGGAUCCGGAGCCCCGUACAAGGGGUGGUAUGCCAGGAACCCGGCAACUGUGCCGCUCUGGCCAUGGGACGCAUUUUGGGCGAGCUGGCUGCCGAUAUCGUCUGUCUCCAGGAGACAAAAGUAACGAGAGAUGUGCUGACAGAGCCCCUGGCUAUCGUCGAGGGCUACAACUCCUAUUUCAGCUUCUGCAGAAACCGUAGUGGCUAUUCUGGUGUAGCCACCUUCUGUAAGGACAGCGCUACCCCCGUGGCUGCUGAAGAAGGCCUGAGUGGCCUAUUUGCCACUCAGAAUGGGGACGUGGGUUGCUAUGGAAACAUGGAUGAGUUCACCCAAGAGGAGCUCCGGGCUCUGGAUAGUGAAGGCCGGGCUCUCCUCACACAACACAAGAUCUGUACUCGGGAAGGAAAUGAGAAGACCUUGACCAUUAUCAACGUGUACUGCCCCCACGCGGAUCCUGGGAAGCCUGAACGGCUGACCUUUAAGAUGCGCUUCUAUCGCCUGCUACAGAUCCGAGCAGAAGCCCUCCUGGCUGCUGGCAGCCAUGUUAUCAUUCUGGGUGACCUGAAUACAGCCCACCGCCCCAUUGACCACUGUGAUGCCAUCAACAUAGAAUGCUUUGAAGAGGACCCAGGUCGCAAAUGGAUGGACGGCUUGCUCAGUAACCCGGGGUGUCAGGCUGGGUCCCACACAGGGCCCUUUAUUGAUAGCUUCCGCUGCUUCCAGCCAAAGCAGGAAAGGGCUUUCACCUGCUGGUCGUUGGUCACUGGUGCCCGUCACCUCAACUAUGGUUCACGGCUUGACUACGUGUUGGGGGAUAAGACCUUGGUUAUAGAUACUUUCCAGAGCUCCUUCCUCUUGCCUGAGGUGAUGGGCUCUGACCACUGCCCUGUGGGUGCAGUGUUGAAUGUGUCCUCUGUACCUGCAAAACAGUGCCCGCCUCUGUGCACCCGCUUCCUUCCUGAAUUUGCAGGCACUCAGCUCAAGAUCGUUCGCUUCCUAGUUCCCCGUGAACAAGGUCCUGUGUUGGACGAGUCAGCAUUGCAGCUCAGCAGUCAAACUCGGGUACAGACACACCAAAACAAGGCCCGUGUCCGCUCAGCCAGGCCUCGGCCAAGUCAGGUUGGUUCCAGCAGAGGCCAGAAGAACCUGAUGAGCUACUUCCAGCCUUCCUCGAGCCAUCCCCAAACCUCUCGUGCCUUGGAGGUGCCUCGCCUGCCGCUGAAGGACAUCCUUGUGAUGCCAAAGACUCCAGAACAGGAGGUGAUCACCAAAGUGGUAGAGGGACAGGCCAAGACUUCAGAGGUCAAAGAUGACAAGGAGGUACAGACUUUGUUCUGGAAGUCUGUGCUGGGGGGACCCUCACCCAUGCCCCUCUGUGGGGGCCACAGGGAGCCAUGUGUCAUGCGUACUGUGAAGAAGCCAGGACCUAACCUGGGCCGCCGCUUCUACAUGUGUGCCAGGCCCCGGGGUCCUCCCACUGACCCCUCUUCCCGCUGUAACUUUUUCCUCUGGAGCAGGCCCAGCUGAGCCAACUGAAGCAUAAGAAUGUGUGAUGUCAUCACCCCUCAUAGGAUCUGAAGUUAGCUGCUCUGCUGAGCGUCUGGUAUAUCUCUUCCUUCAAGGCCCCUUUCUUCCUUUCCUCUCCUCUGCCUCCUUAUCUUUCUCUUCUUCCUUCCUCUCGUCUUCCUCCAGUGUUUCUCUUCGUCUUCCUCCUGCCUAGCUCUGUCUUGUUGGCGAGCUUCUUGUGCCCUAAUGCUGUUACCCAAUCCCCCUCCCCACUUCCCACCAACCUAUUAGAAGGACACAGGAGCCAGCUUCCCCAGAAAGUUGUGAUUCGAAACUCCUUCUGUCCUUGCUGGGGAAUGUUUUUGUAUAUAUUUAAAUAAAUAAAGUCUGUGUCUUUGUUUCAGUGCACUGCAUUGAGUGGACAUUUUGAAUGUGCUCCAUAACAUUGAGUCAGAGAAGCUAUCUCAACACUUGGUUUUCCAACUGCUUGCAGUCUCAUGGUAUAACUCCCGGAGAGAGGGGAGGAGGGACAAGCGAUGUUCAUCAUAAAGGGCCCUGCUGGGUUGUAUGGGCUUCGUGUACUACUGAGGUUGGAUCAGUAAGGGAUGUGGGUAUAAUGUGGCAGAAGUGUAGUGGGCUGUGUAGCCUCAAGCCAGAGGUUCCCAGGAGGGUGUCCCUCAGCUGACACAAAUAGGUUAUAAGGUAGAAAGAAAUGGGUCUCUCAGCCCUCUGAGUUGAUAGUCAGGGCCUGGAGUCACACUCGUCUCAGAAGAUUGCCUCUUUGCCAAGUAAUAUUAAUUCUUCCAAGUGUGUUAUUGUCAAUUUUGCCCAUGUGCUGUGACCUGGAAAGUUUGGGAACAUUGCUUUGAACAUGUUGCUUGCUAGAGCCACACUUCUUGUCUUAUCUUGGAAACUGGGCUGGUGAUAGCUAUUCUAUAAGAUCUUGUGGGUGGGAAGAAGGCUAACAGAUGAGGAAGAUAUUUGUUCCCCUUCUGGAAAUUACCUCCUCAGUUUUGGGGAGCCACUUCUUCCCUCCAGGCAGUUUGCUUAGGGCUGACUGUCUCCAGGCUUCAGGGCCUACCUUGGACCUAAGUGUCCAGGUAGGGUCAAUCUCUGGAUUUUUGUUGGGACUAAUGGUAAAAAGCCAUUUCAGGUAAAUCUGCCAAGUGUCUUGGCUGUUUGGGCAAUUCACUGUAUAAUCAGUGGUCAUUCCCUUCCCCUUCUCUGUCAGUAAAACGGGGGUGGUCAGGCCAAAAAGUGAGCUAUAGUCUACUGUUUGAGGGAGUCAGAUGUGUAGUUGCCUGUCCGCUGUCCAGGAAAAGGCUACAGAUGCUGCAGUUUGCUCUUUAUUUUCAGACUCAAGUCAGCUAGAGGCACACAGCAAAGCAGAGGACAGGAGGAGGCCCAGCUUUAAGUGAAUUACAAGUGAAGGAGGAAUAUGAGGCAGCUGGCUUCUCAGGCGUAAGUGGUGACGUAUUGUGGCCCCAUGUUCCCAAAGUAGGAGCGUUCCCACUCACUCAUGAGCUCGAAGUGCACAGGACGGUGACAGAAAUUGCAGGCAGCCACAGACACAUCCUGAAGGGGCAGCCCCACCUCGUUCCAAGCUACCAGUAGCUUCUC